AAAAAAAAAAAAAAGCAACUUAUGAUCAUAUUUAUCAUGAAUGAUAUGUUCUUGGUGCCUCUGCAAGUGAUUACUAUUUUAAUGGCGGCUGAUCAAAUUUGAAUUCCCCAUCACCUUAUAUAACCAUAAUCCUUCUUUGUAAAUUCGAUUCGAAGAGGGUACUCCUAUUUUUUGCAAAUAGGAGAAGAAAAGAGCAAAGGAAAAAAAACAAUAAAAACACCCUCUCUCUAUCUAAUAUUACAUGUGCUUGUUGAUUUUGAAGGUGGCGAACCAGGGAGACUCAGGCGAGUACAUCAAGUACCCUGCUACUACAGAAAGCGGAGAUGAUAACCAAGAAGAGAGAUAUACACAAACUGUAACCUCAGAAUCCGUGUUAAAUCAGCCAAUACAAGUCGUCGCGCAAUCGGCAACUAUGUUUCCUGGUUAUGGCAGUGCAAGGGAGAUGUCUGCAAUGGUAUCAGCUCUUACUCAAGUGAUAUCAGGUCAAAGAGCUGGUGACCAUGGGGCUGGUUUAGGAGGUGCAAUAACAUCUAGUUAUGGAGGUAUUGGUGUUAUUUCUCCAUCUGGUGUUUAUUCAUCUUCUUCUUCUUCUUCACCUCCUUUGUCUGCUUAUUCCUCUACUUCUGGAUCUGGUUUCUGGAGUGGACAAAAGAGAGGGCGUGAAGAAGAGGGUGCACCUCAAUUGAUCGAGUCUGUGCCUAGGGUUUAUAGAGGAUUUGGUGAUUUCAAAAGUUCUCAAGGAGAUUCAUCUUCUUCUGGUGCAACUGUGACAGAAGAGCCAGCUGCUACAAAUAUAGUCCCCACCCCAACCGCCACUACCACCACCACAACCACAGCACCACCGACAUCGUCAGCUGAAACAGUAGUAUCCUAUGAAGAAACUGGAGAGCGGAGAAGAAGAUACAGAGGAGUUAGACAAAGGCCGUGGGGUAAAUGGGCAGCUGAAAUACGUGAUCCGCAUAAAGCAGCAAGAGUCUGGCUUGGCACAUUCGAUACUGCAGAGGCCGCCGCCAGAGCCUACGACGAAGCCGCGUUAAGAUUUAGAGGAAGUAGAGCUAAACUAAACUUCCCUGAACAUGUCAGAAUAUUGCCACCUCCAAUGGAAAAUGUUCCUAUUUCCCAAAUCCCUAUCGGUCUUCAACCAACGUCUCAGUUACAGUCAUUGUUAUCUCAAGCACCUCAAGCGCCACCGCAGCAGGGGACGCUGCCGCCACAGUUCUUUCUGUCUCAGGCUGAUGCGAUGAGAGAUUACAUGGAGUACUCCCAGCUGUUACAGAGCACUGGGGGCUUGCAUGGAAUUCAACCCUCGAGUUUGAUGGAGCAUAUGAUUUAUAACCAGCAGAUGGCAUCUUUACAAUCGACUGUUUCAAUGACUUCUUCUCUAUCUUCAUCGCCUUUAUUAUCUUCAUCCAUUUCAGCUCCUUCGCUUGCAGCAUCUUCUUCUGGGUCAUUAUCAUCAUCUUCUUCAUCCUCUGCCUCAUUUCCUCUGCUUUUUGCUGAUCAACAAUUAGGUUAUUUCCGGCCCCCGCGAAAUCAGAAUCCGCCCACUGGUUCUGAUUUUCCGGUGCCGCCAUGGACAGAUUCUAGCAGCUACCCUUCCUCCACUAGAUAAAAAUAAUUCCACAUUUUUAGUUAAUAUUUAUAGUUUCUUUUUCUAUUUUUGAAAAUUCAGAAUAUUUUUCCAGUCAUUAGUAUUUCUUUUAUAUAUUUUUCCAUUCUGUAUUUGCAUGUAGCAUUGGGCUAUUUUUAUAGUAAUUAUCGUUUUUCUUUUUAGAAA